AUGCUGACGGUGGCGGCGGAGUUCAUGCCUCACCACACCCUGGAGUGGAUAGACGACCCGCUCGCCAUGGAUGGACGUCGUCUGCACUUCACUGGCGCCAUGGCAAAAAUUAUCGAAUAUCUUUCUUUGGGAGUUAACUUUACGUACAGGUAUGUGCUGUCUUCCGACAGAACUUUCGGCACUAAGUUUCAUGACGGGUCCUGGACUGGCAUGAUGGGAAUGGUCGUGAGGGAAGAGGUACAUUUCGCUGCAGGACCUUUCAUGUUAUCACCUGAGCGGGCAGCAGCCGGUGAUUAUACCGUAGCGGUGUGGAAUGGAGACGUGAGGAUAGUAAGCGGACUGGGAGGACUGAAGAUAGACCCGUGGAGCUUUCUGUUGCCUCUCACGCCCUUCGUGCUGGCAGGUGGCCUGACUACACUGCUAGGGGUGACAGUUGUAAUGCAAGUGCUCUCCUCUUGUUUGCCUGGCAAGGCGCUAUGCUUCAGCCCUGUCCGCGUUCUCUUGCAGCAAGAAGCAGCAGUGCAUGAUGAAAACUACUGCCUCCCUCACGGUGCAGACGUGGAGUGGCCCGGGCAGUGGUGGUGGUGGGAGCGUCUGGUGCUAGGGCUGUGGAUGCUGACCACGCUGGUGCUAACCAAGAGCUACGCCGGCAACCUCAUGUCACUGCUGGCCGUGAGAUACGUGCCGCAGCCCUUCCAGACACCAAGAGACGUUCUUGACGAUCCUCACAUCACCAUGAUAUGGCAGAAGUAUUCCAAGAAUGAACAUUUUCUUAGAACUGCAGAGUCCGGUGUCUUUCGCGAGGUAGCCGAACUGGAGGAGAAAGGUCGCCUCAAGUUUCUGACCCAGGCACAGUUCCCAGAAAGCCUCGACACCCUGGUGAGGGCCGGGCACCAUGUACUCAUCGACAUUGAAAACGCAAUCAGAAGCUUGGUAGCUUUAGAUUUCUCCAGCAAAGUUAAUACAGACACAAUGCUGAGGCCGGAUAAUGAGGCGGAGCGAUUCAGUAGUGACAACCAGGUGAUGUCUCUCACGGAGUCAGGACUCCUCAAGUACUGGGCACAAGACGUACCUAACUUCACUCGGUGCAAUAAUGUGCCCAAGACAGUGGCGUUCUCCACCACUCUCUCGUUUAGUAACCUAUGGGGAGUGUUUGUGUUGCUGGCCGGUGGGCUUACUGCCGGUCUGGUGGUCUGGUGUCUUGAGCUGCUCACCAGGCUCACCAAGAAGUCCUAUUAG